UGUGUUGGAAACGGCUCUUUCGUUUGUAAACUGGAAGCGGGUUUCUAUUUCGUGUUGUCUAUGCAGGCGUAGGCAUCUCUUGAUCUACAAAAUGAAGUCGGUUAAUCUCAUUGUGAGGGAAAAGAUCAUGGUUACAUUUCAGAGCUACCAUUGUAGACCACUUGCUUUUUAAAUUCUAAAGAAACCUAAGAAAUUAAAUGACUACACACUAUGCCUACACUGACAUUGUCUGCGGGCUGCCUUACACUGGCUUACAGGAUGAUGAUACCAGGGUAUACAAGCAGAGCAUCCAGCUGGAUACAGGGAGGGCUAUGCUACAGACCAUUUGUGCAGUACUCUUUCAGCGCGCGAGGGUGACGACGUGAAGGUGCUGCUGUAUCAUCAUUCUCAUCGCCUUUGGAAAUGGUAUCCCGGCAAAGUCCUCGUGUGCCAGCUUCCGAACCUGGGGAGACACGCGGUGGUAGAGGCAAUGGUGGAUGGACAGCGUUUCCGGGAAGUGCUUCCCGCUAAACAGAUUCGUCUUCUGUCCUUGGAGAUGGACGCAGAGCGAGAGUGUCUUCAGCCGGACCAAUUUGUCAUUGGGACAUUUAAGGUGCCUAACGGCUACUGGUCCUUGAAGCGGUCGUUAUCAGCGUUGAUACUUCGACAAAUCGAAGAAAAGUUCCAGCUGCGGUUCAUCAGCGUUCUCAGUCAGAACAUACAGUUCCUUUGGCGAUCCGAAGAGCAUUCCUUGGCUGAUAUAGAGAGAGUCGUUGGGAUAGAAUUCAGGAAUUCAAAGAAUUACCGAAAAGCUCUGUAUGAAACUAACGAAGACUUGGAAGCAGCGGAAACGGAGCUAAAGCGAAAGAAGCAGCUCAGUACUGGUCCAGCCGGUUUAGCGCUACCAUUAGAACUGCUGAAGGAGGUCUUCCAGUCACUGGACAAUAUCCACCGACAGCGCUGCCGACGCACGUGUCAACAAUGGGAAGCCAUUAUUGCUUCGCCGGAAGUGUGCAGAAAUGUUGUGGUAGCGCGCUAUGAGGCCAUUUCGUCGCUACGCUGGGAGUGGAAUGAAGAUUACGCACUGUACAAUUGUGUCUUCAAGCACAUCGUUCCUGGUACGCGCACCGUCUGCAUCCGGGAUACCUUAGUGGGCGAGGACCACUAUGGGUUUCUCGAAGGCAAGAGCCGGGCCAGAGGAUACAUGGACGUUAUUAAGAAUGCCCUGGACAAUGCCGGCAUCCACGUUGAGCGUCUGGUAGUACACCAGCAGUGUCUAUCAAUCGGAAAUCCUUAUAAUAAACUGAACUUGAGGGCAGUUUUUGCCGUAAUGGCCGAGCAAAAUUUACGGCUAGCAUCGUGUUGCGAUCGCAUGAUUUUAAAGGACUAUGAGCUGACCAUCGUCAACUUGAUCGCCAGGCCCUUCAUUAGAUUCCGCAUUCCAUUGAUUGAGGUCAUAAGUCUAAGUAAAACGUCUGAGACGGAAAUCUGGAAUGUGUUCGAGAACUAUUUGCAUUCGACUACCCCGGCAUUGAAUAUGAAGCACAUUACCCAGUUCACAGCGACAUUGGCCGAGUGCCCGCGGCAGGCGCAAAGAGUGAUCAAGAUUUUGGGGAAUUAUCAGUCCUGCGAUCCGCGUCCAUCUGCGCAUUACCGCGAACACGAGUGGACGCUGUCUAAUGUGGCUGGUGUUGACGUUGAAAAGCUUAACCGAUUGAGCCUGCAUGUUCUGUCGCGCCACAUAAAGCGCGGAUCUUUUGAAAUCUGGGAUGAAAUGGAGAGGAUGUUCUCCCAUCUCCUGGGAUGAACCUGAAGCAGUCCGCAGUAGCUCCAAGUCGGAGGAGUAGAGGUGGCAUUCUACUGCUCAUUUCAUGUUCCGAUUGAUGAUUAGAAAAGCACAGAUGUAUUAACAAAAAGCAGCAAGCGGAAUUCGGUUCUUUAUGCCAAGCCGUUAACAGGUUUCUCCUCUUCUUAAAUUUCCUCGGUAUAAGUUUCCUCCUUUUCUUAAGUUUCCAUGCAGUACAGAUAAGUUUCCAAUUUAUUGUUUGUGCUGAUUUCGUAAAUCGAAGCUUUGUAAAUCAUAAACUACAUGAUUUUGUUGUUGUGUUUGUACACUUUUUUACAUGAACCUCUG